AAACUCCACCCCAACGAGGCGUUCAUCCCCAGCGGAGGCUACACAUAAUGUAAUUGCUUCCCACAUCGUAUGGCGCCGUUCCUCACUCCGCUUUCAUCUUGCUUACCUUGUGUCCUUGAAACCGGGUGCUUUCCGCGGAUCAUUUCCGGGGAAGGCUUGUGUCGCUUCAAUAUAUGUAGUCUAUCGUAUGAAGACUACAAACGAGUGGCAAAUAAGUUGGGAUACGCCUUAUCUUCCUCCGGCAAGCACAGCUUUAGCGUUUUCAAUUUAUGUACAACUAUUCAGACCUGCGAAGAGGCCGCAGCAAAACCGCAUAGCGCCAAAAGUCGAGUGCAAUACCGCGUCAAACAAGAAUCCUGACGGUUGUCAAAAUGAAUGGGCAACUUCGACUAGAUACAUCCAACCUGGAAGGCGGGAAUCAAAGAUACUCUUUCCUUGCGACGCCAUUGGAGAUGCAUGCCCCUGGGGGUACACUCAGACACAUGGCCUUGCCGACGAGCGCACCAAGCGACCUUCCAGCAGAACAUAUGAACGUACCAGAGCAGGCCCAGCCAUCUCUAAACGAGAAGACGCAGCACUUGAGCGACGAAACGAACCCUCAUGCUUAUCCAGGCGGACCUGAUAUACAGCAUCAUCCUGCGAAUUAUGCUCCAUUCGCUGAUGAGGUGCGCCCGCCAGCAAAAGCUGAACCAGUAGCACCAGACUACUCGUAUGCGCAACCUCCGCAAAGCCCCGGGCCGCUUCCAGUCAAAGUAAAUGUGCACGCCUCAGAUCAGACUCUGAAGAGUCACUCUGUGGCAGUUGCACCAGACACUAAUCCAUUACAUCCUAACCCACUACCUCAAUUUCCCCCUCCCAUCGCGCCGAGCGCAUCCGCAACUCCAGCAGCAAAUCAUAUCCUGGCAUAUCAUCGACCGGGACAAAUUCUACACCCCAACCAGGCCAUCAAAGGAGGCUCAUGGAAGACUAGUCUUUGCGGCUGCACAGACAUCGGCUCAUGCUGUCUGGGGCUGUUAUGCCCCUGUAUUCUAUAUGGGAGAACGCAGCAUCGACUGCAGACGAUGUCUCGCGGGGAUGAUCCGACAAAUAUGCUGGAUCAUAGUUUCUGCAAUGGGUCAUGUACUGCAAUGGCUUUAUUCUGCGGCUGCCAAUGGUUACUGGCUACAAUUCAGCGCCGGCGGGUGCGCAGGGCAUAUGAAAUCCAAGGCGACUUUAUAUCCGACUGCGCUCGAGCAACGUGCUGCACUUGCUGUACGUUGAUCCAAGACGAAGUUGAGAUCAAGAAACGAGAGGAAGAGCGCGGGAAUUUCGCCAGAGCUUCGGGGGCGGCUCUGGUAUCGCCAUAUUUGGCUCCAGUACAGAUGUCGUACGGGCAACCUUCCAGGUGAUGGCCCGGAUAUACAUAUGGCGUAACAAUCUCACGGAAGUCAUGUACAUAUUCGAACCCACUUACGGCUGCAUCAAAUUAUCCUCAGGUGGUUUGGCUGUGGAGCCGGAGCAUGACGAUGGCCUCAGCUACUACUCACUCUGCAUGUUGACGUGUAUAUACUGUACCUCUAUCUGCAAG